AUGGACCCAGAGAAGAAAAGAAAACGAGAAAACUCAAACGAAGAAAAAGUAGUCUUAAACAUUGGCGGUAUUAAAUAUGAAACAUUACAAUCAACUUUGACAGCACGUCCUGAUACACUUCUUGGAACCAUGUUUCAAGAAAGGAAUCAAAUGAUGCUCCAUCCAACCAACAAUAACGAAUAUUUCUUUGAUAGGAAUGGUCGGGCUUUUCAUUAUAUUAUGGAAUUCUAUCGUACCGGCAAGAUAACAUGGGAUCCAAUUAAUUAUCAACAUCAACAUCAAUAUCAAGCUGAUGAAAAUACAAUUUGUUUUACAGUGAAUAAACAAGAACUUGAUGAAGAAUUAGAUUACUUUCAAAUCCCGUUUACUAACUCGAAACUUCAUCAAGUACACGCAAAACUUAGAGAAGAUAUUGAUGAAUUUGUGGAUCUUAUAAUUGAUUUGGUUUAUGAAGGAAUGAGAAUGUGGGAAGAAUACAUUUUAAUUCACGUUAUCCUGUCACUUUUCCAAGAUAAGUUUAGAGACAAAUUAAAAGCUUCUCUUCCAGGAUUACAGUACGGAUACGAACUCGUUGCACAAAAUAAUAAUAUUUAUUAUUGUUUGGAAUUGACCCCUAAUUAUAAAUUUUAA